AUGGAUACCGAGGGGUUUGGUGAGCUCCUUCAGCAAGCCGAACAGCUUGCUGCCGAGACCGAGGGCAUCUCCGAGCUUCCCCAUGUGGAACGGAACCUGCAGGAGAUCCAGCAGGCUGGCGAGCGCCUGCGCUCCCGCACCCUCACACGCACGUCCCAGGAGACGGCAGAUGUCAAGGCGUCCGUUCUCCUGGGGUCUCGGGGACUUGACAUAUCCCACAUCUCCCAGCGUUUGGAGAGCCUGAGUGCGGCCACCACCUUCGAGCCUCUUGAGCCUGUGAAGGACACAGACAUUCAGGGCUUCCUAAAGAAUGAGAAGGACAAUGCCCUGCUGUCGGCUAUUGAAGAGUCCCGGAAGAGGACAUUUGGCAUGGCUGAGGAGUACCAUCGAGAGUCAAUGCUGGUCGAGUGGGAGCAAGUGAAACAGCGAAUUCUCCACACACUGCUGGCAUCAGGAGAAGAUGCCCUGGACUUUACUCAAGAAAGUGAGCCAAGUUACAUCAGCGAUGUGGGACCCCCUGGUCGGAGCUCUCUGGACAGCAUCGAGAUGGCCUAUGCCCGGCAGAUUUAUAUCUAUAACGAGAAGAUCGUAAACGGGCACCUGCAGCCUAACCUCGUGGACCUCUGCGCUUCCGUCGCAGAGCUGGACGAUAAGAACAUCUCUGACCUGUGGACCAUGGUAAAGCAGAUGACAGACGUGCUGCUGGCACCGGCCAUGGAUGCCCUGAAGAGCCGCAGCAGCGUGGAAGUGCGCAUGGAGCUGGUCAGGCAGGCCCUGCGGUACCUGGAGCAGAGUUAUAAGAAUUACACCCUCGUGACUGUCUUUGGGAAUUUGCAUCAGGCCCAGCUGGGUGGUGUGCCUGGGACUUACCAGUUGGUUCGAAGUUUCCUGAACAUUAAACUGCCAGCUCCUUUGCCUGGACUUCAGGACGGAGAGGUGGAAGGCCACCCUGUGUGGGCGUUGAUUUAUUACUGCAUGCGCUGCGGAGACCUUCUGGCUGCCGCCCAGGUGGUCAACCUAGCCCAGCACCAGCUGGGAGAGUUCAAAACCUGGUUCCAGGAAUACAUGAACAGCAAGGACAGACGAUUGUCCCCAGCCACAGAGAACAAGCUCCGCCUGCACUACCGCAGGGCCCUCCGGAACAACACAGACCCCUACAAGCGGGCUGUGUACUGCAUCAUCGGCAGGUGUGAUGUCACCGACAACCAGAGCGAAGUGGCCGACAAAACCGAGGACUACCUGUGGUUAAAGUUGAAUCAAGUGUGUUUCGAUGAUGAUGGGACCAGCUCCCCACAAGACAGGCUCACUCUCUCACAGUUCCAGAAACAGCUGUUGGAAGACUAUGGCGAGUCCCACUUCGCAGUGAACCAGCAGCCCUUCCUCUACUUCCAAGUGCUGUUCCUGACCGCGCAGUUCGAGGCGGCCAUCGCCUUUCUCUUCCGCACCGAGCGGCUGCGCUGCCAUGCCGUCCACGUGGCCCUCGUGCUCUUUGAGCUCAAGCUGCUUUUGAAGUCCUCGGGACAGAGUGCGCAGCUCCUCAGCCACGAGCCUGGCGAUCCCCCCUGCAUGCGGCGGCUGAACUUCGUGCGCCUCCUCAUGCUCUACACCCGGAAGUUUGAGUCCACGGACCCGAGGGAGGCCCUCCAGUACUUCUACUUCCUCAGGGACGAGAAAGACAGCCAAGGAGAAAACAUGUUUCUACGCUGUGUGAGCGAGCUUGUGAUCGAGAGCCGAGAGUUUGACAUGAUCCUCGGGAAACUGGAGAAUGAUGGGAGUAGAAAGCCUGGAGUCAUAGAUAAGUUUACUAAUGACACGAAGCCUAUUAUCAACAAAGUUGCUUCUGUGGCCGAAAAUAAAGGACUGUUUGAGGAAGCUGCAAAGCUUUACGACCUUGCCAAGAAUGCUGAUAAGGUGCUGGAGCUGAUGAACAAACUGCUGAGCCCCGUUGUGCCCCAGAUCAGCGCCCCGCAGUCCAACAAGGAGAGGCUGAAGAACAUGGCCCUCUCCAUCGCGGAACGGUACAGGGCUCAGGGAGUCAGUGCAAAUAAAUUUGUGGACUCCACAUUCUAUCUCCUGCUGGAUCUGAUUACCUUCUUUGAUGAAUAUCACAGUGGCCACAUUGACAGAGCCUUUGACAUCAUUGAUCGCUUGAAGCUGGUGCCCCUGAAUCAGGACAGCGUGGAGGAGAGAGUGGCCGCCUUCAGGAACUUCAGUGACGAGAUUAGGCACAACCUCUCAGAAGUGCUUCUCGCCACCAUGAACAUCCUGUUCACACAGUUUAAGCGGCUCAAGGGGACGAGUCCCUCCUCGGCUUCCAGGCCCCAGCGCGUCAUCGAGGACCACGACUCCCAACUCCGAAGUCAAGCCCGGGCCCUCAUUACCUUUGCUGGGAUGAUUCCCUACCGCACGUCCGGGGACACCAACGCCAGGCUGGUGCAGAUGGAGGUCCUCAUGAACUGA